AUGACCCUUCGUGGUGGGAACGUGUCGGGGUUGAUCUCUUACACCGUCGGAGCCGUGACCACGUUCGAUUCCGAGCCGUGGCCUGCACGUGUCCUGGACGACUCCCUGCAGAUCAACAACCUGACAAACCCGGGCUGUCGUGGAAAUGAUGUGGUCUACAGCGGCAUGGACGCCCGGCUGGGGAACUGGUCUGCACUGAGCCCCGGAGGAGCCGUCCACCAGGAGGGCGACAGGCUCUACGGGUCCCAGUGCCCCCCCCGAGCGAUGGGGGGGGAGAAGAACUGGGCGGCGCUGCUGAUCUUGCUGGUCAUCGCCCUCACAGUCAUGGGGAACAUCCUGGUGAUCCUGGCCGUGUCCCUGGAGAAGAAGCUGCAGAACGCCACCAACUACUUCCUGAUGUCACUGGCGGCCGCCGACAUGCUGCUGGGCGUGCUGGUCAUGCCGGUUUCCAUGGUGACCAUCCUGUACGUCUCCUUCCUCUCUGCAGGGAUCUCGAUGCCGAUUCCUGUGCUGGGACUCAGAGACCACUCCAAGGUGUUCAAAGAUGGCAGCUGCUUUCUGACAGAUAACCACUUUGUGCUGGUGGGCUCCUUCGUGGCGUUCUUCGUGCCCCUCACCAUCAUGGUGGUCACCUACUUCCUGACCAUCAACGCCCUGCAGAACGAAGCCACCCUCUGUCUGGACCAGCUGGUGCCGCGGCCCAAAUGGAGCACCACGUUCACUCUGAGCUUUCUGCCACAAACCUCCCUGUCUUCUGAACGGCUCUUCAGACGCUCGCUGAGCCGCGAGGCCGGCGGCAGGGGGAGCGGCGGCGGCCUGGGGGGCGGCGGCCUGGGGGGCGGCGGCCUGGGGGGCGAGCGGGGGAGUGUCUCGGGCUCGCUGCUCGGACGCCGCACCAUGCAGUCCAUCAGCAACGAGCAGAAGGCGUCCAAGGUCCUGGGGGUGGUGUUCUUCCUCUUUGUGGUCAUGUGGUGUCCGUUCUUCAUCACCAAUGUGCUGGUGGUGGUGUGCGACCCGGAGGCCUGUGACCCGGGACUCAUGGGAGGUCUGCUGAACGUCUUCGUGUGGGUCGGGUACUUGUCCUCCGCCGUCAACCCGCUGGUCUACACCUUGUUCAACAAGACGUAUCGUGCAGCUUUCCUGCGCUACGUCCGCUGCCAGUACCAGCCGCUCAAAAAGCCUCUGCAGCUCAUGCUGGUGAACACCAUCCCACCACUGGCCUUCAGCUCCUCCCACCUGCCACUGGGCGACAUCGCCAAGUUACGAAAUGGAGCUGCGCUCUCUAGUGGUGGCGGGAGGGACUUCUCUUUACCCGGCCAGGAGAUAUUGUGUAAGUCGGACAAAAGGCAAAAAGACGGGGAUGAAAGCUGCGUGUGACAGUGAACCUCUGAGCUGAUCCUGGAUCAGAACAUUCAACCUCUGUGGUCACUUCUUUCUUCUGAGAGCAAAGACUUUGUAUUAAAGACAAAGUUCCACAGACAAA